CUGGUGAAAUAAAAGGAUAUAACGAAAGGGAGACAAUAGGUUUCCUAUUACCAUAGGAACAAGAGUAAACACGGAAGUUAAUACAGUAGGCUAUGGAUGUUUUAAACUGGUGGAAAUAGCCAACACCUAUCUGCUAACAGUUAAUUCUCCUGUAAGAAUCCCGCAACAAGAUGCCCAAGUUUGAGGAGCAAGAAGCCCAUUCAUCCUGCCGUGUCCACUGCCCCUCCACACCUAUAACUCCUGUCCCCAGCGACCUGAUUGCCAAAAGAUACAGCAUCCUACAGAGAUUGGGCAGAGGGAGUUUCAGCACUGUUUACCUCGUUCAAGACACUAGAGCAAGGGAUGGGGAGAAACUUAAGGUGCUGAAGGAGAUCCCUCUGGGGGACCUGCGUCCUAACGAGACAGUCCAGGCAUCCCAGGAGGCUCAGCUCCUGUCCCAGCUCCACCACCCAGCCAUCAUCACUUUUUACGGCAGCUUUCUGCAUAGAGACUCCUUCUGCAUCAUCACUGAGUACUGUGAGGACAGGGACUUGGACUGUCAUCUGGAGGAAGUGAGAGAAGCAGGGCAGAGCUUGCCUGAGACCCAGGUCACUGAUUGGCUGAUCCAGCUGCUGCUUGGACUCCACUACAUGCAUAACAGGCGCAUCCUCCAUAGAGAUCUGAAGGCCAAAAAUAUCUUCCUGAAAAGGAACAUAGUUAAAAUCGGUGAUUUUGGGGUGUCCUGUCUGCUGAUGGGGUCAUGUGACCUGGCCACCACCUUCACGGGCACGCCUUACUACAUGAGCCCUGAAGUCCUGAACCACCACGGUUACGACUCCAAGUCUGAUAUCUGGGCCAUAGGCUGUAUCCUGUAUGAGAUGUGUUGCCUGUCACACGCCUUUGAAGGACACAACUUCUUGUCAGUUGUGAUGAAGAUAGUGGAGGGAGAAACCCCCAGACUGACAGACAGAUACUCUCUGGAGCUCAACACACUCAUGCAAAGGAUGCUGGAGAAAACCCCGUCAUCCAGGCUCUCUGCUGCAGAAGCUCUGAAGACAAAAUUCAUUGAGGACAGUAUGCAGAUCUUAAAACACAAGUUCUGUAGUCUGACACUGAGAGACAAGACAUCAGCGGGAGAAAGAGAUGCAGCACAGAUAUUGAAAGCGGUGCAGCGAAAGGUGCACCUUCAGACACUGAGGGAGAAGUCAGAGCUAGACAGAAUGACCCCCAGGGAGAGAAUGAGGCUGAGGAAGCUGCAGGCUGCUGACGACAAGGCCAGGAGGCUUAGGAGACUUGCUGAGGAGAAAUACCAGGAAAACCACUUCCGAAUGCAGGAGCUGAGGAGCCGCCAUUUCGAGAAAGUCAGUUUGGACGUCUUGAAUGAGAGUGCAGGAGAUGCAGCCCACCAGACUGCACCAAUCAGAGCUGAGGACUACCGGUCGCUGGGUUGCUCACAACCAAUGGGAAGGCAGCAGCAGGACAAGAUGCGAAUGUCUGAGCCAGUAGGGCGUGAGAUCCCAGAGGACCCUCAGACUGCAGAGGUGUAUUAUUACAUGGAUGGAUUUGAGUCCUGCACUGAUGAAGAGGAGGAGGAAAGAGAGGAAGGGGACACUGUGACCUCAGAAACCCUCUGUCAUACCUAUGGACAGGACAGCGACCUGGAGGCCAUGAUGAGGCACAUGGAGCAGGUUCUGGAAGGAGAGCUCAGUGUGGCUGAAGCAGUGCCAGAAGAGGGCCAGUGGGUACCCAUGGGGCCUCCAGUCAUCAACAGCACCAUGGCUGAGACAAGGAUUCAGCGCAUGACUGAGUCAGUGUCCAGUCGGCUGGGUCUAACCGUCUUCCAGAGGGUGUAUAACUACCUGAAGGGAGCCAGGGAGAGGCAGGAGGAUGAGGGGAGCAUCAGACAGGCCCUCAGCAGCCUGGUGGAGAGGCCCAGUGAUGGCUUUGAAGUGGACCAACUACUGUACUACGAGGAGCAGCUCCAGGGAGCCAGAGAGGGAGCCAGAGAAGAGGGAACCAGAUAG